CAGAAUGUAAUUAUUACUUCACAAAGGAGAGUUUAAAUUUAAUCUGCAGCUCCGCAAACUUAAACUUCCAACAUAAAUGUUUAUUUCAUUUAACAACAAAUAAGGUCCCAUCAAAUGCCAGCCUAAUGCCAGAGUAUAGCUUUACUAAUAGAUCUGAUGAUGAAGUAAACUACUCCAUGAAUUGUUCUGUUGAAAUUGACAAGCAUGCUCUUAGUAUAGGAAAAUAUGAUUUUGAUAUUUUAAUUUAUCCUGAUUUACAAAAUAUAACUGCUGCCAAGGAAAAUGGUGUUAUGUACAACAUUUUAGUUUUGAUUGAUCAUCCCAGUGUUAGACUCUCAGGCUGUAUAGAUGAGGCUGGUAAAGAUAACACAAGCACCAGCUGUAGCUGUUGUAGAACAGACAAGAGUGAUAUCCCUUCCCUUGUUGGAUGGUACUUUAACAACACACUUUUAAACCAAUCACAACAGUGUGUGGGGCUAUUAUUAAACAACCUUACAAAUUCUGAAUAUUCAUGCCAAGCAGUCAAUCUAUUUGGAUGGAAGAGUUCAGCAAUUGUUUACAGCACUGAGAUUCAAGAGGAUGAUGGAAUGCCCGAAGAAUGUUCUUUAGAUCAUAAAAAUCUCUGCUCCAAUCAGUCUUGUUAUAAUGUGAAUAUACACUGCUAUUCUAAAAAAAAUGUAUCAUGCAUAUUUUCAACAAUUGAUGAAAGACUUAUUCAUAAUUUAUGCAGCCAAAAUAAACAUUCAUUAUUAUUUUUAAAUGGAAACCAAAACUGCACUGUGAUAUGUAAAGAGCUAAUUUAUUCAUCCAAUAACCAUCAAGCUGAAGUAAAUCAAAAGUUGCUUGCCUUACUUGUGAUACUACCUCUUAUUAUUUUCAUUGUGAUUCUGUGUGCUUGUAGGAAUAAGAUAAAUCAAAGGUGUAGAUUACAUCUAAUAAGGAGGAGGUCAAAGAAAUCUCAUGAUACGUUAUUACAGCUUCAAAAAUUGAAUAGAUUCUCUGACCAGGUAGAUUUUGAUACGCUUGGGAAAGAAGGAACAUUAGUAAAGAAUAUGAAAGAAUUUUACAUUAAAAUGGAUCAGGCAAGUAUAAGUGAAAUGGAUUUCAACCUUGAAGAAGAAACUGUGUUAUAAAUUUGAAAUACUUUUUACACUGUAUUUAUUGUAUGAAUUUGAAAGAAACACAAAAUAUAGAGAUUAAAAUGCAAAUUUAUGUAUGUAAUAAAAGUCUGUUAAACCUAUAUACAUAUCUACGUCUACUUAACAAUUUUUACUUCAUUUUUUUUUUUUCAUUUUUUUACAAUAUUGAUGUGACCCAAUGUUAAAGAAUUAUUCCUUUAUUUUUCUACAAUAUUUUUAUGACCAUAUGUUCAUUUUAAAAGUAUAGUUUUAGGAACAAUCUAAAAUGUUUUAUAAGAUUAUUAAUUAAAAUGUUGUGUUUUUUCUUUUGCACUGAAAUUUGUAUAUUUGAAAUAAACUUAUGUGAUAGAGACUUAUUUCUCUUUAAUUUGUGAUUCAAAUUAAAGAGAAAUAAGUCCAUUUAUGUUAAAAUUGUAUAGUUCAAUUUAAAUUUUUAAUGUAUUUGAAUAAACAAUUUUAAAAAAUGAGAUUUCAUCAAGACAUUAUCAAAAUUGUGAUAUAUUAAUUUAUAGAAGAAAUAUAAAAGGAACAAUAAACCAAAUGUCAACAGAAGCUAUAUUAGUAUUUAUGGUUUCUGCAUU